AUGCAGAGCGUACAAAGACACUUCGGGAAAUUUAUGAAGCGGUCGGCCGACGACAGCCAGGUGGCCAUUCUUCUAAAGGACUUUGACGAAGCGGACAAGCUUCUGGGCCGCAUUAUCGAUUCGACCAGUGCCUGGCGCGAUGCUUGGUCCGGACUCCUGACGCAUCAGAGUCGAAUGAUCGGCGAAUUCGAGGACCUCUACGCUCCCAUCAUCGGCUCGGAUCCAUCCCAACACAAUGCCUCCUCCCCCCCUGAAGCGACCCUGGCCCGAACGAACAAGCUUCGCGAGGAGUAUGAAGACCUGCAGAAGGAGCUUCUCACUGAGCUCAGCGCCGUGGAUGAGCGUAUGAUUCAGCCGGCGUCGGAAGCCAGGGAAUGCUUUGUCCCCGUGAAGAAAACCAUCAAGAAGCGCGAUGACAAGAAGUUGGACUACGAGCGCUACCAAAGCCGCGUCGAUAGCUAUGCCAAAAAGACGAAGCGAUCGGACCGCGACAACCAGAGUCUGGCCAAAGCGGAGGGCGAGCUCACCAAAGCGACCGAGGACUAUCACGCCGCGGAUGAACAUCUGCGACAGAACCUCCCGCCCCUGAUCACCGCGGCCUUCUCGAUGCUUCCUCGUCUGCUAGCCACGCAGGUCGAAAUCCAGAACUCGAUGCUGGCACACUAUUAUACCGCCAUCUACAACUACAGCCAGGAGGAGAAGUUUCCCUCGGCGCCCAUUCCCAUGGAACAGAUUGUGCUGGACUGGCAGCAAGUUCUGUUACCGGUCCAAGAAGAGAUCGAGGGCUUCGGCUGCCUCGCCAACGGCAAAGUCGUGCGAGGCACCGAUGACCACCGCAACGGAAGUAGCCAAGGCCCCAGCAGCAGCGCCUCCAAUGGAGCCAUGUCUCGACGUCGCUCCAGCGGUGCACUCUCGUCACGCAGCACGCAGCAACGCGCAACUUCCCCGGCCCCCAAGAUCCCGCCUAUGCCGUCACCGUCACCGUCAUACGAUACGAAGCCGCGGUCGAACGACGUCGGAUCUCUUUCGUCUUCCCUCAACACCCCUUCUGCCCACCUCUCCCCGAACAGCUAUCACACGCCAGCGUCCGAGCGUCGUCCCUCGUCCUCCGCGGGCCUCUCGCCCUCGAGUGCCCGAACCGACUACUUCGGUCGCAAUCCCACCCCGUCCGCCAGCGGCGCCACUUCCCCGAACUACAGCGUCCUAGCAGCCGCGGUGGGCAAGAAGAAGCCGCCACCGCCACCCAAGCCCCGCGCCGCCUCGAACCCGUCCCUGUAUGUGACGGCCCUGUAUGAUUUCGGCGGCCAAGGCGCCGGCGACCUGGCUUUCCAGGAGGGAGACCGAAUUCGCGUUCUCGAGAAGACCGACAGCACGGACGAUUGGUGGGAGGGCGAGCUGCGCGGAGUGAAGGGGAGUUUCCCGGCCAACUAUGUGGAAUGA